AAAGUUGUGUUUAAGAAUCCUAAUUAGCCCUCAUUUAAAGGUUUUGUUUGUUCCUUGCUCGAUAAGCCGAAACCGAAGCUUUCCCCAUUUUGUCGUGGUUGAGGGUUUAUCGUAGCUAGCUAUGUACGGCAGCCAAUUCGACGGUAACGCCGCCUUCUCCGGCGGCGGAUUCAUGCCUUCUCAGUCCGUUCAAAAUCCCGACUCUUCAUUCUCUCCCGCCAAGAAUCGUGAUGUUCAAGCUUUGCUUCCCGUGACAGUGAAGCAGAUAAGCACUGCAUUUGUUCCAGGAAGUGAAAAAUCAGAAUUUGUUAUUGAUGGUGUGGAUGUCAACAAUGUCAAGCUAGUGGGAAUUGUGAGUAGCAAGGUUGGAAGGAUUACUGAUGUCACUUUUGUGCUUGAUGAUGGGACUGGACGUAUUGAUUGUAACAAGUGGUUUCAUGAAGCCGUUGAUACAAGCGAAAUGGAGGGAAUCUCGGAUGGGAUGUAUGUUUGUGUGCAUGGACGUUUGAAAAGCUUCCAGGGUAAAAGAACCUUAAAUGUAUUCUCCAUUAGGCCCAUAGAGGACUACGACGAGGUUGCAUACCAUUUUAUUGAGUGCAUAUAUGUUCAUUUUUACAACAAGAAGAAAGUACAAGCACAAGGUAGUGCUCCUACUCAGCCACAGGCGGCUAAUUCAAUGCAUCAGUCAUUUGCACCGUACAGUGCUGAUGGAUCAAAGUCAACUGAAGAAAUGGUGUUAGAUAUUUUGCACCAUCCUUCAUGUCUUGCAAGGGAAGAGGGAGCUAGUGUGAAGCAGAUGCUUCAGCAACUGAAAAUUCCAGAGAUUAAGCUCAAGUUAGCCAUUGAAAACCUUGUGAGGGAGGGAAACAUAUAUUCAACAGUUGAUGACGACCACUUCAAGUCAGCCAUAAACGGUUGAGUAAUGGCGUAUCAGAACACUCACUGACUGUUAUGACAACCUCAGACUGAAUUAGGUUCUCUUUCUCUCUCUCUGGAUUCUUUGUCUGUUUUAACACUUGUUUGUAUAGUUGACAAUUACAGUUGUGUCACUACUGAGCUCACUAUAUUUUGGGAUUUGGGUCAACAUCUUAUGCGGCUUAUUAGAUAGAAAUAGAGAUAUUAUCAAUUUACUGCCUUGUUUUUCACCCUAUUUUAUGAAUGAAAUCAUUUUUCAUUAAA